AUGUAAUUAGUUUCUGUUAGGAAAUAGGUCUCAGUCUUUUCAUACAAGCCAGACUUCACUGAUAAAUCAAAAAUUAUGUACAAUAUUUCGAUUACUUUUGAAAACCAGUCCUGGAUAAUUACUAAAAGAUAUUCCGAGUUUGAUGAUCUUUAAAAAUAAUUAAAGGUCUGUUUUAAAAAUUAGCUGCCAGAGUUACCCAAAAAAACAUACACAUCCUUCUUGUUCUCAAAAACACACGACGAUAUUGAGUAAAGAAGAGUUGGACUCGACAAAUUCUUGAAGUUGUUAACUUCAAAAUAGGAGAUUCUUUCUUCCAAUCAACUGAAAGAAUUCCUAUAAUUAGAAGAACACGCCAAAAUCUUGGUUGUGAAUUAGCCACAAAUUGUGCACGAAUUUUGUGGUUUCUUGCAUGGGGUCAGAGACUUCAACCUUUGUAUCGGAUAGGGAAUUUUGUUCGUUGUGAAUUCAGAUUAUUCUAUAUUCAAUCGACUUGAUGCCUAUCUGACAAAUAUGAAGGGGCCUUGGGAAAAGGAAGAUGGACAGCAGGCAGUGAUGCCUGUCGGAUGCAUUGAGUGUUGGAUUCAAUAAUAGGAUGGACUCUAUACACGUUAAUGGGCGAAGAUGUAUAAUUCACAGGCAAUCUGUUGUUUUUGGGAUCCCUCCUCCUUCGUCUUGUUAGUAGGCCUUGACAGUGGUUCGAUUAAUUAUCUUGAAGUACCAUAUAGUUAGGGUUUCAAGAAAUGUGAAACUGACGCGGAGAUUCAGUAGCACUCCAGCAAGGUUACAGGACUAUAUUAUGACAAUGAACGAUGCUUAAUCCAUUCCGUAUCCAAAGAUAAAAGAUAUAAAAUAAGAAAUGCCGUUAAAUCAAUACUCAUCUAUGAUAAUGAAAUAAGUCCAUACGAAUUAACUGAUUUGGUGGUCAGCAAGUCUCGCAGAAAGUCCUUCAUCUCUGACAAGAACGGAUUUAUUUAUAUGUUUGAUGUUAGUGAAGAUAAAGUAGUUUAGUUGAAUUUCAUAAAUACCAAUAUAAGACUCCUAAGAUGUUUGAAGUUAGAUUCAAGUCAAAAUCUUCUGAUGGCCAUUGGUCAGGAGACUGGAGAGAUUGUAAUGGUGGAUAUAGGAACAAUUAAAUCUGAAAAACAGCUUAGAUGGAUUGGUCAAAUAAACACAAAAGUCAAGGGAUAUAAGUUUUGUUGGUCCCAAAAACGUAAAGAGCUCUUUGUUGGAACUAGUGACGGUACUGUUUAGUUUUGGGAUUACGAUACAAAAUAACUAAUAUUUGUAAUGAAAGCUCAUGAUUCAGAGAUCACAUAAAUGUAAUGGAUCGAAGAGGAUCAGCAUUUAUUGACUUCAAGUAGAGAUAAGGAAAUCAAAACAUGGUUAUUACCUUUACAUUGGAGGAAUCAAUAAGUCAAAUGAAAUUAAUUCUCAUUAACUUUAGUAAUAAAUUAGUAUUAUCAUAUAUAUA